UUUCUUUACUGGCCCACUGGUGAAGGCGAAGGACACAUUACGGCUCGAAGAUGGAUGCAGUCGUGUUCCGUCGACGAUAUUAUCAUCAUCUUCACUAGAUAAGGAACUGGAAAACUUUAAUUUUUCAGAUGUUCAGAUCCAAAAGAAAAUCACAAUACCAACAAUAAUAACGACAGAUGUAACGAAACAUGGACGACAUCAUGAAAAAGAUAGGUCAAAGUUUCAUCAUCAAUAUACUCCAUAUUUCGAAGAUUGGAACGGAGUGUUUUUCGAUACAAUAAAUACGGAGGAAGAAGAAAUACAGUUAAAUUUAGUCUGGGAAGAGAAAUCAUUAUAUCGGCUAGAAACUACUAAACUUUUAUCAUUGUCUUCUUUGUCAUCUUACGAUCGAUUCUUUUUGGAUGUUGCUUUUAGCCAUAAUUUAGGAGAAGUUGACGACGACGAUUCAGACUUCAAUGAUGAUUUUUUGGUGUUAGAUUCACCGUUCUUUCAUCCUUUGAUGGACAAUAUUUAUUAA